AUGUUGAAGAAAAAUGCAUUGAACGAGCGAAUAGAAGAAUGUCAGAGAGUUUUUAACCGCAUCAAGGAAUACUUGUCUGCAUCGCCGGUUUCGGUUCCACCAAGAGAAAAAAUUCCAUUAUUGCUUUACCUAUUAGUCUCAGAAAAUGCUUUCGGAUGUGUCCUCAAAAAACAUGAUGAGACCGGAGAAGACACUACAGAGAUUUACCCCAAAUGGAGGCUAUUUUUUUAUGGGGCAGUUAACUUCAAAGGUUCAGGAAUUGGAGCAGUUUUGGUGUCAGAAACGGGCCAGCAUUAUUCGGUAACUGCUAAGUUACGUUUUCUAUGCACCAAUAACAUGGCUGAAUAUGAGGCUUGCAUUCUGGGUCUCAAAUUGGUACUUGAUAUGGGUGUUCGUGAACUUUUAGUCAUUGGGGAUUCAGAUUUGCUGAUUCGCCAGAUACGGGGAGAAUGGCCGCACCCGGAUCAGAUUUACAUUGAUCCUUUGGAAAUAAGCUUGAAGGAGCAACCCGCGCAUUGUGUACACGUAGAAGAGAAGCCUGAUGGAAAGCCUUGGUACUAUGACAUUAAAAGGAGGACUCCUGAUUUGGGGUUCCUAAGAUGCAUCGAUGCUGCAGAAGCCAAUAUAUUGAUAAAAGAGGUACACACUGGAAUUUGUGGGCCCCACAUGAAUGGGUUUGCCCUUUCCAUAAAGAUCCUGAGAACCGCUUGGGGUAUGGAUGUCAUCAGACCAAUAGAGCCAUUAGCGUCGAAUGGGCAUAGAUUUAUUUUGGUUUCCAUUGAUUAUUUUACUAAAUGGGUCGAAGCGGCUUCAUACAGAGCCGCCACUAAGAAAGUGGUUGCAGAUUUCAUCAGGAAUAACUUGAUUUGUUGGUUUGGAGUACCAGAAGCUAUCAUUACUGAUAAUGAGGAAAACUUGAAUAGUCACUUGAUGAAAGAAAUUUGUGAUCAGUUCAAGAUUGUGCAUCGCAACUCGACUGCAUAUCAUCCCCAAAUGAAUGGAGUUGUGGAAGCGGCCAACAAGAAUAUCAAGAAAAUCUUGAGAAACAUGGUCGAAAAUGAUAGAUCAUGGCAUGAGAUGUUACCUUACGCUUUGCUAGGGUAUCGCACAAUAGUUCGAACAUCCACUGAGGUGACCCUCUAUUUACUUGUCUAUGGGAAUGAAGUUGUGAUACCUGCUAAAGUUGAAAUACCUUCCCUAAGGAUUAGUCAGGAAGCUAGACUAAGUAAUGAAGAAUAG